AUGGCUGUAGCAAUGAAUCGAAAGCUCCAAAUGGAGUAUCAAAACCUAGGAAAUUCGGGACUCAAGGUAUCCAAAAUCAUACUGGGGGCAAUGUCCUACGGUUCUAGUGACUGGCAAGAAUGGGUUCUUAAUGAAGAUGACGCACUGCCUUUGCUCAAACACGCCUACGACCUUGGGAUCAACACCUGGGACACUGCAAAUGUGUACAGCAACGGCCGAUCUGAAGAGAUCAUCGGCAAAGCCAUCAAACACUACAAUAUCCCACGCUCCUCACUUGUCAUCUUGACUAAGUGCUACUUCGGUGUCACGCUUGUGGAGGGCGCACAGCCCAGCAUCGCUGAGGUGAGCAAGAAUGAUGGAUUGUGGGUGAACAGACAAGGCUUGAGCCGGAAGAAUAUCUUUGAUUCCGUGGAGAAUAGUGUGAAGAGAUUAGGCACAUAUAUAGACGUGCUGCAAAUCCAUCGCCUGGAUCGCGAGACGCCUAAGGAGGAGAUCAUGCGCGCGCUGAACGAUGUAGUUAACACUGGUAUGGUCCGGUACAUCGGCGCCUCUUCUAUGGCCGCGUGGGAAUUCCAAAGCCUGCAGAACAUCGCUGAGAAGAACGGCUGGCACAAAUUCAUCUCAAUGCAGAACUUCCACAAUCUUCUGUACCGCGAAGAAGAGCGAGAGAUGAUUCCAUACUGCAAAGCUACCGGCGUUGGUAUCAUCCCGUGGUCACCAAUCGCGCGUGGUGUGCUUGCCAGGCCGUUCAGGUCUCGAAAUACUCUACGAGAAAACUCAGAUAACUUCCUAAAGACCAUGGUUCGUGGUCGGGAAACUGAAAUUGAUGAGAAAAUAGUCAAUAGGGUGGAGGAGAUCGCGAAGAGAAAGGGCGAAAGCAUGGCCAAGAUUGCAACCGCUUAUUCCUUGAGCAAAGGCUUCUGCCCGAUUUUGGGUAUGAAUUCAAAGCAGAGGAUAGAUGAAGCCUGUGAAAGCCUAAAGGUGAAGUUAACGCCGGAGGAAAUCAAAUAUUUGGAAGAACCAUAUCUGCCCAAGCCAAUUGCUGGCCACUAG